AUGGAGACGACGAUCACGUCAUUAGUUUGUACAGCGACCGUUAUUUUAUACUUAAUUAAUGGACCUUCUGUGGAUGGUGCUCUGAUAAACGCAGAAAACGUAUGCCCAGUAGAAGAAGAGGCUGAAGAAUUAAGCUUGCAGAGACAUGAGCAAACUGUUGUGUUGCAUACCACACAACCUUGCUGGGAUGUUUCACAGGGAUUUCGCUGUAAAGUUAAGACUAAUGGAACAAAGAUCUCAUAUAAAGCUUUGCCAAAGAAGAAGAAAAUAAUUGCAUACAAAUGCUGUUCUGGAUAUUACGAAACACGGCUGGAAACCUGUGAAGUUUGCUUGGAGGGUUAUUAUGGUAGUAACUGCAGUUUACGUUGUAACUGUUCGGAAAACGAAAUUUGUGAUAAUGUUGUUGGAUGCUGCGACCAACACAAAAAACCGUGUCGUGUUAUACGAAGUGCUGCAAUGAAAGAAUAUGAUGGAAGUAACAGUUGGGUGUUUCCCGCUUUGCUAGCAUCGUUGUUGGCUGUUGUCUUGUUAUCAUUCGGAACUGUCUUCUAUCGAAGAAAGUAUAAGAAGGAAAAGGAUCCUGAUCUUCCAACUCUUACUUAUUAUCCGCAUGUCAAAGAACUUUUAACUCAUAAUGAAAUUGAAACACGAGAAUUCAACAAUCCAAUGUACCGCAGAUCAGCUAUUGAAGCAAUGCCGAUAAAAAUCCCAGAUGAGCCAGUGCCUAUGGCUAAAAGUGCACAGCUAAGAAGUUCUUCGGUUACACACGAAUAUGCUACCUUGGAUUACGCCAUACCACCAAGUCCAUAUGAGGUUCCACUACAUUCAACACCGUCACCAACUGAGCGGUCCAUUGAAAAACUAGGAAAUGAAGAGAAAGAAUAA